AUGGUUGACUGUAUCCGAUGUCCGCAAGAUCAGUAUCCAAGCAAGGACCAAGACCAGUGCUUUGACAAAAUUAUAACUUUCCUAUCUUUUGAAGAGCCUUUGGGGAUUACUUCGGCAUUUCUAGCUGCUUCUUUGUCCCUAACUACUGCUUUAACACUAGGAACUUUCACUAAGCACAGUGAUACCCCCAUAGUCAAAGCCAACAACCGGGAUAUCACCUAUACUCUCCUCGUCUCCCUCCUACUCUGUUUCCUCUCUUCUUUGCUGUUUCUUGGAGAACCAAACAAGGUGACCUGCUUCUUUCGCCAAACCACUUUCACCAUCAUCUUCACAGUGGCUGUUUCUUCUGUCUUGGCCAAAACCAUCACUGUGGUUGUAGCCUUCAUGGCCACCAAACCAGGGUCCAGCAUGAGAAAAUGGGUGGGGAAAAGACUGACCGGCUCCAUCCUUUUCUCUUGUUCUUCCAUUCAAGUAGGCAUUUGUAUGGCAUGGCUAGGAACCUCACCCCCUUUCCCGGAUAUUGACAGGCAGUCACUGACUACAGAGAUUGUUGCUGAAUGUAAUGAAGGAUCUGUGAUUAUGUUUUACAUUGCUCUUUGUUAUUUGGGACUUCUGUCUUUUAUCAGCUUGAUCGUGGCCUUCCUAGCCAGGAAGCUGCCAGACAGUUUCAAUGAGGCCAAGUUCAUCACCUUCAGCAUGCUGAUUUUUUGCAGUGUUUGGUUGUCUUUUGUUCCAUCCUACCUGAGCACCAAAGGGAAAUACAUGGUAGCCGUGGAGAUCUUCUCUAUCUUGGCCUCCAGUGGUGGGUUACUAGCUUGUAUCUUUUCUCCCAAAUGUUAUAUUCUUCUUCUGAGACCUGAGCUGAACAAGAAGGAGCUGCUUAUUAAUAGAAAGAAUUAA